AUGACUCAAGACCAGCCUUUGCUUGCUGUGCAGGAGGCCCUGAGAAAGUGCUUUCCUGUGGUGGAGGAACAGCAGGGCCUGUGGCAGAGCACACUGAGUGACUGCCAGCCCCUCCUGGUCUCCCUCAGCAACCUGGCAGAGCAGCUGCAGGCAGCACAGAAUGUGCGAUUUGAAGAUGUGCCAGCACUUCGUGCUUUCCCAGACUUAAAGGAGCGGCUAAGGCGCAAGCAGCUGGCUGCUGGUGACACUGUCCUAGACAAGCUAGAGGAAAGGCUAGCCACCCUCCUCAAGGUGCGUGACACGGUCAGCAGCCAUGUGGAGCAGGUGUUUCAUGUCUAUGAGCAGCAUGCAGACACAGUUGGCAUUGAUGCUGUCCUGCAGCCUUCAGUUAGGAGCCCCUCUGUGGCUAACAUGUUGGAGUGGUUGCAAAAUAUUGAGAGACAUUACCGAAAUUCAUAUCCUUUGUACCUAAAAAGAAAGUACCUCUUCUCCUCAAUCCAGUGGGGAGAUUUGGCAAAUAUCCAAGCUUUGCCCAAGGCCUGGGACCAAAUACCAGAAGAUGAACACCAAGACUUUGUGCAAGAUACCCUAUUGAAUGUUUCCUUCUUCUUGGAAGAGUAA